AUGUUAGCUGUUCGUAAUCCAAAAAAUGAUAUGUGUGGCCAGGAAACAGAAACAAAAAGUAAUUCUAGUAACCCCCGUCAAUGCCGGGCGCUGCGCUUUCUCGGCCGGCCGUCGGGCGCCACGCACACCCACCCAGUCUCUGCCACGCACCACCGCACCCUCUUCAUGCAUGUGGCCAGGUUCAUUGCAUCACACAUCACACAGCUCGACGGUGCAGUCGCCGGAAAGAGGGACCGAGCUACAACGCCUAGCAGCGACGAUUCUCCGCCGCCGGAAAGCGACGAUUCCCCACCGCCGGACAACGACGAUUCCCCGUCGCCGGACAGCGAGGACAACGAGGAUAGCGAGGAAGAGGCUGAGGAGCAAGGCGAGGAAGAGGCUGAGAAGGAGGAGGAGGAGGAGGAAGAGUCUGAGGGCGCGGCGGCCCGGUCGAAGGCGGACACCAUCGAGAAGGCGAAGGCGAAGGCGCAACCGGCGAGCACCCUCGACGACGAGGAGGACACAAGUUCCUCCGACGCGUCGACCGAUACCGCCUCUUCGGAGGAGGUGACUAGCCGAAAGCGCCACCGUGAGGACGAUGAAGCGGGGCCAUCAAGAAAGAAGAAGUAG